UAGGGUGUUGCUUUUACAUAUCCACGGCCUUUCUUCGACUAUUUAAAGAAGGCUUUGCAUGGGUGGGAAUUCGUCGAAGUCAAUGUAUCAUUGAGCGAGCGACGCGAAGAAAUGGAGAGCCAGAAAAUCCUUCCUCUUCUCGCGCUCGUUUUCUCUCUUCUCAUGAUUGAAAAAUCGAUGGCAACCCGAAUUCUGCUCAUGAAUUAUCCUGCUCCUCCUCCGGCACAUGCAGACAAUGACCACAGUAGGAUCGGUGCGGUAGGGAGCCCGCUGCGUCAGGAUAAUCACUGGAGCGGCAACGGUUCGGGCCAGGGGACGGUCCUGGUGCCUCCACCUUCAACGAAGACCACACUCUCGCAAAAAAGCACGCCGAACUCGUCCGCGAAAGCCGUAGUGGUCGCCCCGACCAAUGCUAAAGUCGAUGUCUCGACUGCCGCCUCCCCUACAAGUGCGAAUGCGAGUGCGCACGUCACCAGCAGCAGCAACACGUCAAGCACCAGCGUCACUGACAGAGGCACUGUCUCAACAUCCAGCUACGAGAGCUUCAGUGCAAACAGCAGCAGCAGCAGCACUUUUACUAAAUAUCCUUGAUGAUUGCGAAGUAAUAAGCUAAAGUUCUUGAUGAUCGACGCUUUAUUUUCUUUCUUCUUUGUUUGUUCUGAUUCUUGUUUGGUAGAAGUAACGUGUUCUUUCGUAGAAUUGUGCGAAACUAUCCAGUUCACGUUUGAAUUUGUUCUUGAUUCUGAAGUGAAUGUCAUUUGUUUGAGAAA